AAAACAAUGAAGCAAGUAAAGAAAACAUAGGGCAUGUUUUGCAUGUUGUAUCUUGUACCGUGUGAGGAAAUUACAUCUUGGAUAAGUAAGUUCAUGGUAGAUCUCGUAUCUUUCGGGUGACAAUGGAAGAACUUAUGGAAUCUUAUCAGAGCUGCCUGUCUACUCGGAGGAAGUCCAAGUCUCUCCACGGCAUCUCUUUCUGGAAGAGAAUCUCCCCUGCGAAUUUUACGAAAGAGGACACUUUGAAUCUGCAGUUGCAUCGUCAGGUCGGUGAAGUGGUUCUUCAGGAGAUAAAAUCACUGAAUAAUCUUGAUUUGGAGCUCUAUGGGUAUGCUAAGGAUAUUUUUGCUCAGCGACGUGGACGGACCAUCCAGAAGUCCACUGUCACAGAGAAAUAGAGAAAAUGAUAACCAGUUCAUAUGGCACUUCACAGUGGAUUCGCGUUUUCUUGUUCUUGCCCAUCAUAUUGCUCCCGGUAUUCUUCAUCCUUUUUGUAAAUGCAAGGAGAAGGACAUCAAAAGUGAAGAUACAAAUGUAAUUGCUUCUCGAAAAUUAAAGUCUAUCUAGGUGGUAGAAAGAGAUUGAUUUUGAUAUGGCGACAAUGUGCUACAUUAUGACAAGUCUCCACUCUGAAAGGGAAAAAAAACAAAAGAUGUUAACUUGCUUUAUCUUUCUGAUAGAAGAGGGUCUUUUUAUUCCUAUUUCUAAAUGUAGC